AGAAUGGCAGAUUACAAAGACAGGAAUGGAUUUAGGUUUUCAAAUAUGGUUGCCAUAGUAACGGGAGGAUGUCAUGGAGUAGGACGUGGAUGUGCCGAGAUUUUUGCUGAAAAUGGAGGGACAGUAGUUAUUUUAGAUAUAGACGAUGAAGUUGGAAAAGCAUUGUCCAGUAAUGGAAACGGACAACUUGUCUACAUGCAUUGUGAUAUGCAGAGUGAAGAAGAUAUAAAGAAUGCAAUUCAAGAGUCUGUUAAAAGAUUUGGAAAAAUUGAUUGUCUAGUUAAUAAUGUAGCACGACAUCCAGGUGUUGGUCUUAUAGAUGAUAUAUCUAUACACGAUUUUAAGGACCUUCUUAACAUAAAUCUCAUUGCAAAUUUUACCGCCAGUAAGUAUGCACUUCCUUAUUUACGUAAGACAAAAGGAAACAUUGUGAACAUUGCAAGUAUAAGCGGUGUCAUUGCCAAUGCCGCCAGUCCUACGUACUGCGCUUCUAAAGGUGGAAUAAUUUCACUGACAAAGGCUCUUGCAAUUGAUGAAGCUAUGCAUGGAGUCCGAGUAAAUGCGAUAGCACCAGGUCCAGUAGAUACUCCAAUGCUAAGAGACGUCAUGGAGAAAGCUGGUGAUGUUGAAGGAAUAACUAAAGCGAUGAUAGAGUCAAAUCACUUAAAAAGAAUAGCUGAUCCUAAGGAAAUUGGCAAGGCAUGCCUAUUUUUAGCUGUGGAUGCAACUUUUACAACUGGUGAAGUGCUCAUGUGUUCGGCGGGAAAUGAAAUAGGAUACGGAGUAAAAUGAAACGACAGUUUAUACCGUUUUUGUGAAGAUAAUUCAUUAUUGUGAUAAACGUUUUGCAAUAUUUUACAGAAUAUUGUAUUUUACAGGACUUGCUUUGUUAUCUUAACACAUAUCUGUGAUAUCUGAUAAAAUUUGUUACGAUUAAACAUUGAAACAAAUGCUUUACAAUGAAUAUUCUCUCCC